AUGAAGCGUUCACUGAUUGAAGUUAAAGUUGUUUGGUUGCAGUUGAUCGUACGAAGUUUGGCCAGUGCAGCGCAGGAAACACCGAAGACAGAUGCACCAAAAGAGAGUGUAUCUAAACAGCAACAACAACCUUCGAAAGAUGAUAUCGAUCAGCUGUUCUCAGCGUCUGAUGACUCAAAAACUAGACGACGACAUGCAUUCAGUAUCAAUCGCGUGGAAUUGAUUGGCGGGGUGUCCGAUGAACCGAUUCAGCGUGUGGCGCGCAGUGGUUCUGAUUAUGUGACAUUCAAUAUGAUCACCAACAUGGAAUUCCGACGUCCAGAUGGCGAACGAAAUGAUCAGUCGGAAAUGCAUUCCAUAUCCGUAUUCGGCCGAGCAGCUGAAUUCGUUAUGCGGAAUGUUCAAAAAGGAACACGUGUAUUCGUCAGUGGACGUUUGCAUUAUCAACCGAUGACACGCGAAGAUGGCACUCGAAUGGGACGUAUGGCAACUAUCAACGCCGAGACCGUUCAGCCACUCGCCAAGUUACGUAUGAGGAAUGCAGAUGACUCGGAGAUGGCUGAUACACACUAA